CAUUCCGAUUUCUCCUCCCCAACCCAUGGAUCGUUCCCAUAACCUCCUCCUCUCCUCUCCUCCCAUCAUCUUAUUACUGCUGUACUACUUUAGCUCCCCGGCCGGCCUAGCUCCAAGCUCAUUGGGCCAUGGAUCUCAUCUCCCAGCUCUAAGCUUGACCGCUUCUUGAUCCGCCCGGCCACUUGAGAGUAGUCGUCCUAGUUGUUCGUCGUCCGUCCUUGGAUCGAUCGGGAUCGAGGACGAUCGCUGCAGCUUUCGCGAUUAAAUUGAGCUUCAGGUUAAUUGGAUCGAUCGGUUCUUGCAUUGCAUUGCAUAUAUUGGUGGAUCGAUCGACCGAUCCGCCAUGGACGAUAUGGUGGUGCUGAGUAGCAGCUCUACACGGCACAGCUGCAAGGUGUGCGGGAAGGGCUUCCCCUGCGGCCGGUCGCUGGGCGGCCACAUGCGCUCCCACGCGCUGGCGGAGGUGGCAGCGGCAGCGGCGGUGGGAGAGGACGACGAAACCGAUUCCGAUGAGGAGGACGAGGAGCAGCGGCGUUGGACGAUGCCCAUCAGCGGGGCGCGGGCCUCCAACACCAACGCCAGUGGAGCGGGGUAUGGCCUCAGGGAGAACCCCAAGAAGACGCGCCGGCUGUCGAGGUCCGCCGGUGCCGACGGCGCAAUGGAGGAGGAGGAUCAGGACGACAUGCUGAUCCCGCUCCCGACCGAGGCGGCGGUCAUGGCGGCACCCAGGCGGAGGCGGCGCUCGAUGCGCGUACCGGCGCCAGCUCCGGCCUUCGACAAGGAGCCCGAGGACGUCGCACUGUGCCUCAUCAUGUUGUCGCGCGACACCGCCGGCCUGUGCAACCUGCCAUCGUCAGAAUCAUCAGAGAAAGGGGACGGCAGGAAGAAGCUCCUCGCGUACGACGGCUCGGACGACGACGUUCUCUACACCGAGAUGACGAACAACAACAACAACAACAAGGCGGCUAUUAGCAGCAGCGAGAAUAAUCCCAAGCGUGGACGGUAUGAGUGCCCCGGCUGCGGCAGGGCGUUCCAGUCCUACCAAGCGCUCGGCGGCCACCGCGCCAGCCACAAGCGCAUCAACAGCAACUGCUGCACGACCAAGGUCUUCCUCGAUCAGCCGGAGCCCAGCGUGGACACCAACGUCUCCUCCUUCAGCACGCCCUCCUCCCCACCGCCAUCGCCCCAAGCAAUGGCGCCUGUCGUCGUCAAGCCAAAGAAUAACGUCAAGUUCGAAUGCCCCAUCUGCUCCAAGGUCUUCGGCUCCGGGCAGGCGCUCGGCGGCCACAAGCGCUCUCACUCCAUCGCCGGUGAGCUCUACGACCGCACCCACGCCGACGCCAUCAUUCUUGACGCCGACCAAUCCUUGCUCGCUGCCGGCUUUCUUGAUCUCAACCUGCCAGCUCCAGGAGUUCAGGAUUGAUUCAAGCACCCACGGCACGAGGUAUGUACAGACAGACUCAGAUUCAGAUUUCAUUCAUUUCUUUGGAGAUUCAGGUCUAAUUAAUGAUUGCUCUUGGGGCAAAUAAACAACACGUACUUGGUGCUCGAUCUUCUCCUGUUCACCGAAUUCUUCAACCAAUUUCUUUGGUUCCUUUCUCAUUAGAUUGUUUUGCAGAGUGUAAAUAAGCAUAGAAUUUUCUGAAUUCCAGAAA